GUUGAUGAGGUCUGAGAACACGUCGACGUACAUACAGAAUCCGCGAUUGUUCUACUGGAGUAGUGCACCCCUUGUUUACAGUAUCAACCUGGGGCUGAAUUUAGUGUAUAUACAAUCAUCUAUGAAAGCAUGCGAGUCUAAUCAAGAGCAUUAGUGACUACACGAAGAAUCGCUUCAUUUUGACAAUACAUCGGGCAUUGGGGUUGUGUUAUAAGCUGAAGUCAGAUGGGGGAGGUGAGGAAACUCCAAAAGAAGUUAAGGCAAAUUGAGAACUUGGAGAUCAAAGUUUCACUCACUCCAGAAGAAAAAAUAAAGGUCUUAAAGAAGGCGGAGCUUCGUUUCAGAUUGGCUGAGCUUCUGCUGCAGCUUUCUGGCCCCCAGCAAACUGAAGGCAUUGUGGGAAAAGAGGAGGAUAAAAUGAAAAGACAAGUGGAGAAGGUCACAGAGCAACAUGUUUCUCAGCCUCCUGCACUGAAGAUAGCACGAGAGGAGAGAAGAGAGAAUGAAGAUGUGAAUGGAGGCAAUACAGGUGGUGGAAGAGAAACGCAUGAAUCUCCAGUCAACUCCAGUAAAGAGGAACAAGAAGAUGCUGAGUUCAGAUUCCGCAAACAAACUUGGGAAAAUGCCAAGUUUCGUCUUAGAACUCUAGAGGGUCACAGUGACAUCAUCACCUGUGUGGUCGCUGUCGACAAUCUUGUGGUUUCUGGCAGUCGUGAUACAACAGUUAAAGUGUGGCAUGUUCCCACGGCAACAGAGCAGCGCAAUUUGGGAGGUCACAGCGGUGGAGUCACCUGUCUCAUUGCACCACCUCCAGAGUACUGCAGAAGACUGGCAUGUGAACUUGACACAGCUGAGAAGGAAAGAUUUGUUAUAAGUGGCUCCACAGACUGUUGUGUGAAAAUUUGGGCAUUGAGCACAGGUCAGUGUGUUAAAUCCAUUUACACCUUCAAUGCCGUUACAAGCCUCUGCUUCAUUCCUGAAGGAGAAGGCUGUAUCGUCUCUGGCUCAGAUGCUGGGAAGCUGCAGGUGUGGAGCUGGAGCUCACAGGAGAACUGUCAGUCAGUGAAUGCACACCUGGACGCAGUCACCACCUUACAGUCCCAGGGUCCUCUGGUUUUCAGCGGCUCCGCUGAGGGACGCGUGUGUGUGUGGGAGGUGUGUGACGAAUGGUCGGCGCCCCUCCGCAGGCUGCACCUCUGGGAGCCAGAAGUCACAGGGUGUGGGGGGGAUGAUGGAGUGAGCGGGAGGCUGAUUCUGAGCCCUCGCGGCGACCGCAUGUUCCUCUCAUGUGGCAGGGCCAGCAUACGAAUCCUGAACUGGAGAACAGGUGUAGUGACCAGACUGAACAAUCACUGCAGCACUGCUGGUGUCACAGAUUGUGUCAAUCAAAUACCAGGCCUUUUGAUUGGCUCUUGUUUUGACCUCACCAAUGGAGAAAGUAUGAUAAACCUGUUCUCUGUUCCCCAUUGUAAGUACCUGGUUUCGCUCACCUCUUCAGAUUUCCCCAGAAUUCUAUGUUUUGCUGCAUGGCUAACAGCAAGCGGGGACCAUCGUUGGGUCACAGGUGGUCGGGAACUCAUAGUCUGGGAGCAGCUUCCUGGAAAUUUUAAAAAGAGAGGCGAUGUCAUAGUGAGACGAGACAGCCGAUUGGACAAUUCUCUUUUGGAAUCUGACAGAGACUCAGAGGAUGACAAAAGUGAUGUGGACGAUGAUGAAAUCUCCAUCCCCCAAGAUGCAUCUGAAACAGAAGAACCCGCAAGUUCUUCAUGGCUGCGUUGCGUUCUUCAGUGAGAAAAAGAGAAUGAGAGAGAGAGGGAAGAAAAAAAAGAGAGAGAGAAGCGGGAGGUCGAACGAGGGUUAAAAAGAAUGUACUGGAAAGGAAGAAAAGGAGGAGGGUGGGUCAAGGAAUGAUGAUGGAGUGUGAGAAAUAAAGUGAGGGGACUGGAGUGGAACAGAUUGAGUGACUGGCAGAAAGGUAGAGGCAGCAGAAGCGAAAGAAGCAACAGACUGUUUUCAGUAUUAACGUUGAUCCAAUAAAUCCUAUCACGUUAUGCGUUUGAGAGUAUUUAUAAUGGUUGGUGUUUCCAUAUAUAAAUAUCUAUUGCAUUGUUCAUCACUGUUGGGCUCCUGUCCAACGCUACAUUAAUGUAUAUUGAUUUCUCUGCCACUGCCUCUUUAAAUAAACAAAUACUUUUUAUUUACUUCAGCUGGUCUU